UUUUUCACUUAAUUUCAGUCUACUAAUUAGAACGUAGGUUUUUCCGCCGCCUGGUUCUUCACCUAAGCCACGAUUUGGUUUUCUCCCCUGGCGUUGCUGCUUUCCAUCAUUCCGCCGCAUUGAAGCAGAUUCAAUGCGAUCUUUCCACUCCCCAGCAUUCAUUCCGAGUUCUUGUGUUCUUACCGUAACUCACUUGAGGCUUGAGUAUAAAUAUCCCUUCAUCCAGAGAUGCAGAACACACUUUUUCUUUGAAUCUUACGAAACCGCUGUUCAGCUUCCUCAUACUUACGAUGGCGAAUCCCCAGGUCCUUCUUGCUACUCUGAACUUUGGGCUGUGUUCUGAUGCUGUGGAGGUUAGGUUGUUACGUUUUUGGGAAGCUAGGAACGUCAGGAGAGGUGGGGAGCUUAUGAGCCUUGACAUGCUCUUUGUCGAUGCUGAUCCCCAAUUUCAGGUUGUCUGACGCUCCCAUGUCGGUUCGGUUCAAUGAUGGAACCUCGCUUGAGAAGAUGACUGAGUCUGUUAGGCCCAUACCUAUGGAACUUUUCAGGUUCAUGCCAUAUAGUCGACUGCUGAAGUUGGCGAACACUGGGAAACAACUACCAGACGUGCGUGGCGAGCUGAGUGCUAUCAGAAGCACCAUCACUGACCGUAUACCAGGGGCACAGCGUGUGAUGUUAACUCUGCGUCUUGAAAGCGGUGAUAGCGUUUGUGUGAGCAUGUUUGACUCAAAAGCUCUUGAGUUUCAUGCCAAGUUCGACAGCUAUGGGAAGGAGCCUAGAGUUAUUGUUGCAACCAGCGUUAAUCCUAAAUUAGUUGGGGGUAAUCUUCCCAAAAUCUUCUCCCUUUUUCAUCAAUGGAUUGUCAUACUCCUUCUUUGUGUUUUCCUUCGUCUUUGCUUGACCCCAAUUGUUUUCAUUAGUUCCGGGGAUCGGUUGGUCAGAGAAGUAUCUGUGUUGAAAUCAGAGUGCCCAAAGUUAAAAGAAGAUAUAGAGCGCUUACAUAGCGUCAAAACACAUGUUGGAUAUAACAGCAAAGACCAAGAUAAUUUUCCCACAACCUACAGCUAAGAUGGCUGCUAGAGCUACCAUGACAUCAGAGAAAUUCAAAACAAAGUUUGCUAGAGCUACCAUGACAGGGACUUUGAUUCUCUGCUCGGAGUUCUACUGGAUUUUAAAAGGCAGAUUAGCACAGUACCAUCUGAGAAAACCACCACCUUAGCGGUGAAAACUGAGAGGGGCAUAUCAGGUUCUCAGUUGGACACUGAGAUUUGUCAACCAGAGCUUGAUCCCAUUCAAUAUCUUGGUAUGCCUGAUCUUUCAUCUCGUGAACCCAAUUCAGCAGAUUCUGUAAAUGCCAUGAGAGAUAAAAUACUAGAGCUUGUACGAAGGCUGGACGAGUCUAAAGCUGAACGUGAUAGCCUUACCAAAAAAAAUGGAUCAGAUGGAGUGCUAUUACGAAUCUCUGGUCCAGGAGCUGGAGGAAACCCAAAGCCAGUUGCUAGAAUCUAUUAUAUUGACCAUUUUUUAUUUUAUUCAAUUAUUUCCGAAUAUUACACCUCUAUCAUCUAUGUUUACAAAUACUUAUUAUAAGCCACAAUAUAACACUUGCAAGAUAAUCAAAUUAAUAUACCUUUAUAUCUUUGAUAAA